CAUCAAUUGCCAGCACAACGAUCUAAAUAAAGCUGCGUCAGCCUCGAGGAGAGUGGAUGUUCAAUGAACCAGGAAAUCUGGCAUUGUCACAUUAUUGCUACAUGGGGGAAAGUAAGGCGCUGCUCUGCUCAGUGGUUUUUAUACUUUACUGCACUAUACCACUCUAACUUAUCUGCACUCAACAGCUGCUCUGAGACUAGUCUUACUUUAAUGAAUUUUUAAGAAGGUUGCAUUUUGAAGGUCGAAGAGUGGACCUGCAUAUUUCGUUUAUGAUUGAAGCCGCAUUGUGUUGGUUGUGUGGGGGAGUUAAAUGUGCAGCAUACAGAAUCAUGCAAGAGGUAAUUAGGCAGCUUAAUCUACCCUGAUACUAUGUCUAAGGUGGAUGUCGUAAAGCAACAGAGUGCAAGCACACACACACACCUACACACACACACACGCACACCCACACACAUCUUUCCCAUUCACAUGUAGCUCUCUCUCUUUUUCUCUCUCUGUGUGGAGCCAUAGUGUAAAGCGCCGCAGCUCUUCCAGGCGAACAGUCAGAGGCAGUUGCCUAUAAACACAAUCACACAGACCCGUCCUCAUUCAGCGACCGGCUCUCUUUCUCACUACACGCUGCUCCUCGCCUCCUCACAGCAUCUGCCUCCUUCCGGAGCGAGGUACCAUGCAUCCUCCUCUCCGUGCCUCCUCCGUUGCGCUUAUCCGUUGCAUUUUUAGGGUCCCUUCACCACCCAGGGCUCUCGUGCUGCAGAACCAGGGACCAUAAAAAAAACCGCAGCUCUGUGACUUCCUACAGGAAUUUGGAGACAGAUCAAAGCUUUUUUUCGUUGUUGUUGCUUGCGAGGGAAAUGCUGCAUGUGUCUGGAUACAUAUCUGCACUGGACUCCUGCACACUGUGAACACAGACUGAUCCCUCUCAAAAGUUGUGAGCGAGUCGGAAGACACCCAGACAACCGUGCAUCUUUCUAUUUGACCGCCGGCAACUCGCUGUGUGCAGAGAGACUGGCUCGGGAAUCCCCGUUGCAGCUUCUUCACACUCUGUUGCUGACAUUUAGCAUCCUUGUCAAGACUGUAUCCCUGACAUGUCCAGCUGUGAGAAGCUGCAUGAGACGGCGAUUCGUCCGUUAGAACAAACUGAACAACCUCAUCAUUGCCUCUUGCAAUUUCCAUAUGAGAUUCAGCAGUAUUAGGCAGGACUGGCCCGGACCACUCACUUUCAACUUCACAUAGUCUGAAUUCCAGCUUGCGCAGACAGACUAGAAGACUCUCAAGGACAUUAAGGACACGAAUAGGGUCUCAUUAGUCUUGGAGCAGCUUGUGGCUGUCUGCCAGCAGCCAUGCAGGUGUCCUUUGCGUGUACGGACCACGGGCUGAAGGCCCCUCGCAACGGCGAGCACAGCAAGCAGAACGCCACCAGCCCCAACACGACCAGCCAUGCGCGAGCCCGCUUCCGCACCGUGGCCCUGAUCGCCCGCAGCCUGGGCUCCUUCACCCACCGCUACCACCACAACCUGAAGGAGUCCACUGCCAAGUUGACCGGCAUGAAAUACCGGAACCUGGGGAAAUCUGGUUUACGUGUCUCCUGUCUGGGUCUUGGAACAUGGGUAACAUUUGGAGGUCAGAUCUCUGAUGAGGUAGCAGAGCAGCUGAUGACCAUUGCCUAUGAGAGUGGGGUCAACCUGUUCGAUACGGCCGAAGUCUACUCUGGGGGAAAAGCAGAGAUAAUCUUGGGAAACAUCAUCAAGAAGAAGUGCUGGAGGAGAUCCAGCCUUGUGAUCACCACAAAGCUCUACUGGGGUGGAAAAGCUGAGACAGAGAGAGGCCUCAACCGAAAACACAUCAUUGAAGGCUUAAAAGGUUCCCUCCAGAGGAUGCAGCUCGACUAUGUGGAUGUGGUCUUUGCCAACCGGACGGACAGCAACACUCCUAUGGAGGAAAUUGUGAGAGCUAUGACUCAUGUGAUCAACCAAGGGAUGUCCAUGUACUGGGGAACAUCUCGCUGGUCUGCCAUGGAGAUCAUGGAAGCCUAUUCUGUGGCCAGACAGUUUAAUCUUAUUCCACCGGUGUGCGAGCAGGCUGAGUAUCAUUUCUUCCAGCGGGAUAAAGUGGAAACUCAACUUCCUGAGCUCUACCAUAAAAUAGGUGUGGGUGUGGUCUCUUGGUCUCCUCUGGCAUGUGGGAUUAUCACUGGAAAGUAUGAAAAUGGCAUCCCAGAAUCCUCAAGAGCUGCAAUGAAGCCAUAUCAGUGGUUGAGGGAGAAGAUAACGAGUGAGGAUGGAAGAAAACAGCAAUCCAAACUAAAAGAACUGACUCAUAUUGGAGAAAAACUAGGCUGCACCUUGCCACAGUUAGCCAUAGCCUGGUGCUUGAGGAAUGAAGGAGUCAGCUCAGUGCUCCUGGGGGCCUCCAAUCCCACGCAGCUGACAGAAAACCUGGGAGCCAUUCAGGUAAUUCCAAAGAUUACAGCAGGUAUUGCUUCAGAAAUGGACCAUAUUCUGGGCAACCGUCCACACAGUAAAAGGGACUACCACCACUAGGAUGGACACUUUCUACUAAAGUGCUCAUAAAGCUUUUCAAAGCUCACUUUUCACAGCCAUGGCACCAUAAGUGCGUGCCCACGACUGUGUGUAUCUGUGGAGGACUGUGUGAUUAUACUUGGCUCUUUCAACUCAUAACUGUGAAGUGGGCUACAUGAGGACAAAGCGUGCAUGCAAAACCAGCCAGUUAUCAGACUGAACACAAUUUGGAGGAUCCAUCAAGACAAUUACCUGCAUCGAAAAGAAAAAAACCUCACCAACAGCGAACUUUGCAGAAGGUGCUGACCCAUAUAGCGCUGGAAAAAGAAUAGAAUUAAUUGUUUAAAUACUCCGUUAAAAUGGCUGUCAGUGCAUGUAGAGAAAACUACUGAGGAAGUAAUUACCUCUAAGCAUCCAAUUAAGCAUAGCAGAGCACUAUUAUAGAUUAUUUGCAUCAAAAUGGACCUAAUGCUAGAGAAAUCUAUUUUACUGUGUAAUGUAUGUAUUGUAAAAAGAACUACAAAUGGUGAUUAUAAUGAGCCACAUUUCAGCAGAAUGGAUGAACAUUCCCCAAUGCAGCUGGAGCUUGCUUGUCCAUGUGAUUGCUUCAGAACUGGAAGAUCUAAAUGUCAGCUAAACAUUGUUUUUGCUACUGCCAUAAAAAAAAGUUUAAUUAGUUUAAAUGAAAUAAAUAUACAGUACAGACCAAAAAUUUGGAGACACCUUCUAGGUGUCUCCAAACUUUUGGUCUGUAUAUAUAUAUAUAUAUAUAUAUAUAUAUAUAUAUAUAUAUAUAUAUAAAUAAAUCAAAACAUAUGUAAUGACUGUUACAUAAGUAUGUAUUUUAAUGAGCAGUUAUGUUGUUCUGUUCUCUUUUCCACUUAUGCAACAGCACCGCAGAGUGUAUUUUCCUACUGUGCCCUUUCAACCUAUUUUAGUUUGUACACUGGCAGAGUUUCUGUCAGUAGGAAUUGUAUCUGAUUCAUUUCAUUUCAGUCGGUACUGUGGAUGGAAAAGUGUCUCAUUGAAGUCGGGGUGAUGAUUCUCCUGCAGGGGAGCUUGUGGAUAACAAAUAAAGCCAUGUGGCUUAUGGAAAGAAAUAGUGGUGAAAAAAUAAAAAAGAACACCAUAUGGACCCUUGCAGUAAUUGCACCUGGAACAAAAAGAGUUUUUUCCAAGUUUCUCCCAGAUGGUUGUUUUAUGUAAUGGGAUCAUCUUUGCUAUGUUCUGUUUGUCCAGAUAUGUAUUAUGGUGUUGUUCCUCAAAUUUGUACAUGAAAAUUAAAGAAACGCUUAGAAUCGUUUGCCUCCUAUUUUGACUCAGAAAAUUAAAAAUGUCAAACUGACGGUAAGAUGCAGAAACAAAAUAAUCUUUAAGCAUCUUUAUAUUAUGAACUUUGUCAUAUACAAAUAGUGUAAUUUAUUAUUGUACGUGUUUGAGUCACAAAUAGUGGCAACACCUGGUGGGGGAGAUGGCAUUCUGCCCAGGGCUGUAGAAGGAAUUAACCUAUAUUGCAGAAAAUAGGUUUGAAGUUGGGGGGAACUAAACGUUUGACCCAACUCAUACAGUAUAAAGGCAAUUUUA